AAGGUCACCUCGUCCCGACCAGCUCACCAUGCCUGUCCACAUCGCAAAUGUCCGGGUAAGGCCCAAGAAAGCGCCGCCAACAAACUUGUGUGCAGGCCAACUGUCAGCCAUGCUUGGAUGCUGGGCGGCGACUAAAGACCUCCACAACACGGGCACCUGUGCACAGGCUGCACAGGACCUUUUCCACUGCAUGCGAGUCACCCCCAAGACAGGGAAAGUCGCAAGACCAAGUAUCAACUACCAUCUGGCGAAGCUCAAGAAGAUCACCAAGUAGACACGCGUUCACACCAUAUCAAAUGGCCGCCCACAGAGACGGGCAGCUUGCCUUGGAAGCAUUCGAUCACACGCAGCGGACUGGACACGCGUGUAUCUCACUCCGGACGCCAGAUGCGCUGCAUGAGUCCUUCUAGAAUGGUAGACAUCUGCUUGCUGUGCGUGUAAAUAUAUGGUAUCUACAGCAAGUUUCCUCUUUGC